CGCCCCUCCCGCCCCCGCGGCAGUCCCGGCCAAAGCAGCCGCCUCCCGGAGCGUCUGGGGGGCCGCGGGCCGUCGCAGGCUCGGGCGUCGCAAGACGCGGACCCGAACCGUGGGACGCGGCCCAGGGAGCUUCUCGCCCCGUCCCCGCCGCCUGAUGUCCUCAAGAUGGAGGCAGCGGGGGCGGCGGCGUGAAGAAAGCCGCGCUGUGCGCGCGGGAGCAGCUGCCGGGGCUGUCCGGGCGGAGACCGUGGCGGGAUGGGGCUGCUGCUGAUGAUCCUGGCGUCGGCAGUGCUGGGCUCCUUCCUCACGCUCCUCACCCAGUUCCUGCUGCUUUACCGCAGACAGCCCGAGCCGCCGCCGGACGAGGCCGCCCGCGCGCGCGACGGCUUCCGCUACCUCAGGCCAGUGCCGGGCCUGGCCCUGCGGGAGUACCUAUAUGGCGGUGGCGGGGCCGAGGAGCCCUCCGGCGGGCCCCCCGAGGGCGGCGCCACCCCGACCCCCGAGACCCCGGCCCCGCCGACGCGGGAAACCUGCUACUUCCUCAACGCCAUCAUCCUGUUCCUGUUCCGGGAGCUGCGGGACACCGCACUGGCCCGCCGCUGGGUCACCAAGAAGAUCAAGGUGGAGUUCGAGGAGCUGCUGCAGACCAAGACGGCCGGGCGCCUGCUGGAGGGGCUGAGCCUGCGGGACGUGUUCCUGGGCGAGACCGUGCCCUUCUUUAAGACCAUCCGGCUCCUCCGGCCCGUGGUGCCCUCCGCCACCGGGGAGCCCGACGGCCCCGAGGGAGAGGCGCUGCCCGCCACCUCCCCGGAGGAGCUGGCCUUCGAGGCGGAGGUGGAAUACAACGGGGGUUUCCACCUAGCCAUCGACGUGGACUUGGUCUUCGGCAAGUCCGCGUACCUGUUCGUCAAGCUGUCCCGCGUGGUGGGGAGGCUGCGCUUCGUCCUCACCCGCGUGCCAUUCACCCACUGGUUCUUCUCCUUCGUGGAGGACCCGCUAAUCGACUUCGAGGUGCGCUCCCAGUUUGAAGGGCGGCCCAUGCCCCAGCUCACCUCCAUCAUUGUUAAUCAGCUCAAGAAAGUCAUCAAGCGCAAGCACACCCUCCCCAGCUACAAGAUCAGGUUUAAGCCAUUUUUUCCAUUCCAAACCUUGCAAGGAUUUGAAGAAGAUGAAGAAGAGCAUAUCCAUAUACAACAAUGGGCACUAACUGAAGGCCGCCUUAAAGUUACGUUGUUAGAAUGUAGCAGGCUGCUCAUUUUUGGGUCCUAUGACCGGGAGGCAAACAUUCAUUGCACACUCGAGCUGAGCAGCGGUGUUUGGGAAGAGAAACAGAGGAGUUCUAUUAAGACGGUUGAAUUAAUUAAGGGGAAUUUACAAAGUGUCGGGCUUACACUUCGCCUUGUCCACUCAACCGAUGGUUAUGCCGGGCACGUCAUCAUUGAGACUGUGGCCCCGAACUCGCCUGCUGCGCUUGCUGACCUCCAGCGAGGGGACCGACUGAUUGCUAUUGGAGGUGUGAAAAUCACAUCUACACUGCAAGUGUUGAAGCUUAUCAAGCAGGCCGGUGACCGGGUGCUGGUGUAUUACGAGAGGCCCGUUGGCCAGAGUAACCAAGGCGCGGUCCUGCAAGAUAACUUUGGGCAGUUGGAAGAGAACUUUCUGUCAAGCUCGUGCCAACCAAAUUACGAAGAAGACGCAACUGGGCUGGCAGUGGAGACUGAGAACAGAGAUCUGGACUCAGAAUUCGAAGACUUGGCAAGUGAUGUCAGAGCUCAAGCUGAGUUCAAAGAAGAGGCACAGUCGGCAAGUCACAGUCCCAAACGUACCCCAUCGUCACUUUCGGUUAGACCCCUUGGGACAGUGUCGCCAGUUUUAAACCGCAAAUUAGUUGUAGGGACUCACCCACCACCACCAAAACUCCCAUCCAAAGAAGGAAACAGACCCUCAGCCCUAAAGCCCCCUGAGACCACAGACCCAGCACAAGUGUCAAAACCCACCCAGGGGUCCACUUUCAAACCACCUGUGCCGCCGCGCCCGCAGGUGAGAGUCCCUCUGCCUUCCGCCGACGCCCCCGGUCAGGCGGAGCCUGAUGUCCCUGUGGAAAAGCCAGAGAAGGCGCUGCCUCCUCCGCCUGCAGAAAAACCCGUGGAGAAGCAAGCGAGGAUGCUGGACCAUCCAGAGGACGCAGCUGCGUCCAAGCAGUUUCUGACGAAGCAAGAGGUAGCGAAAGACUUGACUUCAGAAGGCCCCUGCCCCCCUAAGGACGGUUCGGAUGACCCUCAAAUGUGGGAAUCUUCAGAGAUUCCCUAUCGUAAUAAGCUAGGAAAAUGGACAAGAACCAGAGCCACCUGUGUCUUCGACAUAGAGGCCUCCCACAGGUACUUAAACAUUGCGCUGUGGUGCAGGGACCCUUUCAAGGUGGGGGGGCUCAUCUGUUUGGGGCAUGUGAGCCUGAGACUUGAAGAGCUGGCUCUCGGGUGCCUGGCAACGUCCAACAUGGAGCACCUGUCAAAGUUCCGACUGGAAGCCCCGUCCCCUAAGGCUGCGGUCACAAGAACCGCACUGCGCAAUCUGAGUAUGCAGAAGGGCUUCAAUGACAAAUUUUGCUUUGGUGACAUUACUGUUCACUUCAAGUAUCUGAAAGAAGGAGAACCGGACCACCAUAUAGUUACAAACUUGGAGAAAGAGAAAGAAUUUCAUUUGGUCGAGGAGGUCUCUGCCUUCCCGAAAGAGGAGCAUUUUGCUGGACAGAUGGGUUUAACAGAAAAUAAACAUAGCUUUCAGGACACUCAGUUCCAGAACCCAACCUGGUGUGAUUACUGCAAGAAGAAAGUGUGGACUAAAGCUGCUUCCCAGUGUUUGUUCUGUGCCUAUGUUUGCCAUAAAAAAUGCCAGGAAAAGUGUCUGACCGAGACUCCCCUGUGCGGAGCUGCCGAUAGGCGGCUAGACCGCACCCUGAAAAACCUCAGGCUGGAAGGACAAGAAACCCUCCCGGGCCUGCCCGUUCGUGCUGACGGCGACGCCGGCAAGUCCGCCAACAAAACGACGGGCUUGACCAGGCACAUCAUCAACACGAGCUCCCGUUUGUUGAAUCUGCGUCAGGUGUCCAAAUCCCGCCUUUCUGAACCAGGAGCCGAUCUCGUAGAACCCUCACCCAAACACACCCCCAACACGUCGGACAACGAGGGCAGCGACACGGAGGCGUGUGGCCCAAACAGUCCCUCCAAACGAGUCAGCGGCUCGGGGAUAAAGCUCGUGAGAAAGGAGGGCGGUCUGGACGACAGCGUCUUCAUCGCAGUGAAAGAGAUUGGCCGUGACCUGUACAGGGGCCUGCCUACAGAGGAGAGGAUCCAGAAACUGGAGUUCAUGCUGGAUAAACUGCAGAAUGAGAUCGAUCAGGAGUUGGAGCAUAAUAAUUCCCUCAGUAGAGAAGAGAGAGAGGCAACCGAUCCAAGGAAAAAAUCGCUGCUCUCCGCCGCUUUGACCAAGUCAGGGGAAAGGCUGCAAGCUCUGACGCUGCUCAUGAUCCACUACCGCGCGGGCAUUGAGGAUAUGGAGUCUCUGGAGAGCCUGUCCUUAGACCAGCCCUCCAAAAAACUAAGCAAGUACGCAGACGAUACAGAAGAAGAUCUGGAUAAUGAAAUAACCCAGCUGAUAGACUCUCAGCCGUUCAGCAGCAUAUCAGACGACUUAUUUGGCCCAUCGGAGUCUGUGUGACAUCUGUUUUAAACUUCCACGUGAUUGGGGGAAGUUGCGCUUAAAGUACCACGGAUAUAACCGCGCUGAAACCUUCUUCUAAUGCGCUUUGGUCUGCUUCUCCACAGUUACUUGCUUGUGUUAAGAACCAGAAUGAAAAGGUUGUUUUCCAGCAAAAACAUGACCAGCUCACUGAACUGGUUAUUUCAGAUUGCAUUUACAGCUAUGCUUUUUGGGUUUAUACUUGGAAUUUAUUUUUACUAAUUUAUUUUUAACUUUUUCUAAUUAUGAGAUCAUGUAAGCUGACCUUUCACAUUGGUGUAUGUGAUGUCUCAUCCUGCUGUUUUCCUUCCUCUUAGUCUUUGAAUCAGUGUUAAAUAGGACACUGUCCGGCUUCGUAUAACGUCUGUGUUUGCAUCACAGUGGUAACGGAUCGCUGUGCGCCCGAACUGACAGCAGCAGUCACGGAGGCAACAGGUUCUGAAUCUUACUUUGUGUUAGGAAGUUUGACAUUUCUACUUGCUUGAGAUUUUUAUUAUUUUGGGUGCGGGGGGUGCUUUUUGUCUUGUUUUUGCCAAAUGUAACAUGAAAGCAGAUACUAUGGCUUUAGUCAGUUAUACUGAUUUAGUAAAAAAUUUUUUACAUAUAUUGCUUGCUUUAUAUGCCUCUGUGAAAUUUUUUCUAAACCUUUUUUUCUAAAGGUUUUGUGCAGUUGAAGUUUAGUGAGGGUAUAGUGAUUAAUUUGAAGAGCUUAUUACACUGAAAACCAAAAUGUAAUAAGGAGUAAAUACAGAAUAGAGUUGGUAAAGGAUUUCGUAGCCAGAUGACAAGGUUACUGAAACAUUUUAGCAACCAGUGGGAUUUUGAAACACAGUCUUUCAAAUGUUGCUUUGCCUUUAUAUGGAAGUUCUAAACAUUUGAUUAUUUUUCAUCUUCAGUUCUCCCAUAGGAAAUCAAACAGGUGUGAGGGUAUCGAAAGUUUCGGAGGACUGUUCUCAAAACGACCACAUUGAUACUGGUUUGAGCUGUUUUAUUCUAGAAACGUUUUCAUGUAGGAAAAUGUGAAGGAGAAGAAUCACGCCCAGUGGACUUACUGCUCUCACAUCCUACAGUCUGCAAGGAACGGUGGUCAUUCCGAACGCUUCUGUAGUUCAGACUGUCUUCGUACGUGAGGGAAGAAAAGAAAAUUAAGUAAAAUAGGAAAGAAAAAUAGACAGUCUGGAUAACAUAGGAACUGGGGCCAGUUCCCUGAAAAUGAAGAUCUGCUAUGAUACCUGGGCCAUCACGUGGGUACCAGUGACACGCGAUUGAGGGUGACGUGAGCAUGGCCUCGGUUGGUGCGCCAUUGCAGCUGUGGCCUUUCAUGUGCCUCUACAAAGACCCCUGUGUUUUUCCAUUUUGUUGGUAACUACUAUGAUCAUAUAUAUGUAAAAUAUAUAGGUACAAGCUGUCCCAUCUAGUUUUAUAUAUAUAAAGCUUGUAUGACUGGCAGAAAAGGGCAUGGUAUAAUAGUAUGGAUUCUGGCCCAAAUCUGUAGCCCAGGACACCACACUAGAGUUCUAAGUUCACGCUCUUCCACUGGCUGUAAAUGAACUGUAUAACCAUACGCCACACAAGGGCUUCGUGCUCCAGCUCCAAGUAGGAAUAAACAAGAUUUCCUCUACCUCACGAGAUUGUUGUGAGGGAAGCAAUAGCAUAACUAAGUGCUCUGAAUAGUCAAGUUAUUCCAAUAAAGGCAUGAUUUACAUGGGCGAUAAAAACAUUUUUGAGGGUUGAAAAGUUAUUCCACUUUCAAAAUCAAUAGCCAAUUCUCAUUUCCACUAUUAAGUGAAAUAUUAGGAAACUACUUUCUUGGCCAAGUUAAUAACAAAAAUAUAGCUGUGUAUACCCCCCUUUGUUUAUUUAAGCAUGCUCGCGUUUUCAAAGAACACUGCUUAGGAGUUCUUUAUACACAAAAUUCUCCGAACGCUCAAUGUUCUGUGACAUGUGCUUGAAACAAUCUGCCCAAUGUGAUAACCAAUGUUUAUCUUAUAAAAAUAACUUACCGUCGAUAACCUGGAAGGUGGAGUGUCUGUAAGUGGCUGGUGUUUGUGGUUCAUACUGUGGAAGCUGUAGUGACCGACACCCAAGCUGCUGCUGCAGCGCAUGCUGUUUGUAAAAGAGCCUUUCGCAGAGUGCGGUGCUCGGUACGUGGGCCCGGAGAAGCAGGAGAGGCGUCGUGGUUGUGCUUUAGUGCAGGGGCAGCGCUCCAAGUAGCGUAGCGGGUAGUAAGGGUUGAGGCUUCGAUGAAAACAGUUGUAUUGUAUUACAUUCCUGAUGUAAUCUUGCUGCCAUGCUAUGUUAUCAAUAGCUUACAAACAAUAAAGAGAAACUAACAGAAAACAAGAAUAUCUUCCUUUGAUGGCAUCUGGGCAAGGCGGUCACUGCAUCUCUGCAAUGAGAGCCUGGGGCAACCGGCCACGCAGACACGCUCGGCCGCCCGUUGCCGCCCAGCAGAAGUGCUAUUCUGAAAACUGCCUAAAAGCAUUCAGUUUUGGUUUUACUCAUUUCUUCAUGCUUUAAAAUGCCAGAUUUAUGGACUUGCCUCUGCUACCUAUUUAUUAGCAGUUAGACUAUUUAGAGUGUAUUUUCUACAUUGGUAUUUCAUGAUUGGGUUAGAUAACCAAGCUGAGCAACACUUCAGCACUGUUUUAGAAUCAGAAUUAAUACGCUACAUUUCUUGAUGUCCAGCCUUAAAUAUAAGCCUUUAAUGUCAGAACUAGUUGACUACUAUGUGACCAUGUUUGAUUUGGAGAAAACAGGUAAAAAUUUGAGGGUAUUGUCAAUUUCUGAAAGUGUAUCUGAAUUUUUUGAAAGGCAACUUGAAGAUAUUUGGCUCGUACAAAUAGUAAGAUAAUAAAAGAUCAUAAAAUUUUAAGUCCACUAAAAGUGAAUAAAUCUAAAAUCCCUUUAAUUUAAAAAUGUAUGGUGUUUUUCUAAAUGGAGAUAAGUUUUUUUUUUAUGGGGGGAGGGUCCCCUCUGAAGAUCUGAUUAAAACUAGACUCUCACCCCUGCAAGGCACACACAUGCGCACUGUAAGUUUUACAGAACCUUGGGGGCCCACUCACAUGGCCGCAUAGUUUGGUUUUAUCAGAUAUGUUUGUUUACGGCAAUCAGGAAGAUACGGUUUUUAGAGAUACAAGGAUAACUUAGUUUUUCCACACUGACGACAGGUGACUAGUUACCUAUUUCAUUUUAAGACAUUUUUCAGGCUAACGUGGAGUGGAUUUUACCUGAUACCUGCAAGCAGAGAAGGACAGUUUUUAAUUAAAUGUCAACAGUCCAUUAUACUCUUAUGUAUUUGGUUCCAAUGAUAAUGUCUGAUGUGUAAAGGAAUUCAAAUAGGCACAGUGUUGUUCAGGAGAUUUAUUAAGUGAACAGCUAAAACAUGACUAGGUACACUCAGCAAUCAAAAGAAAGAACUGAAUGGUCAUUGCUAUCUCAUUAAGGCUUUUCUACCUGUCUGCCAGGCGCAAACAAAAACCACCUCUGCUCAAAAAGUUAUACUCGGAAAGCUGUACGUUCUUUGGACAUUUUUUCCCCCUAAAGUCUUCGCUAAUCCCGGAAGAUUAGCCACCUAAAAGACCCUACAAUUCCUUUUUCCCUCUCAGAUAGUUGAUAACUUUUGCUCCUAAAACAGUCCUGAAAAACGCCAUCGAUCUUUCAUGGUAUCUCUAGAAUCAAUAGCAGGCAGAAGAGACUGAAGCCUUAAAGGCCAGACUAAAGCAGGAAUAAAUGAUACAGUAUUGGGAACCGUAAACCCUCCAGGAGAGCUGACUUGUCGCACACCCGUUUUGGAGGCUCUCCCCGAGUGCCUGCAGACCGAGUCCCAGAGCAUUGGGCCGUCGUCAGCUCAUUGGCUCCCACCACCUUGCACCUGACAGCAGGCUUCACGUCAUUCAGAGCCCCACAGAAGAGCUUCCUAAAGCAAAUGGGAAGUAUUAGCUCAUGUCUCUAGAGAAUUAAAGGGCCAGAGGGUCCUUGUGCUAAAAAGUCCUUCGCUUCUCAUCCAAGUUAACACAGUUUUAGCUUAACGUCAAAGAGGCACCGCUGGGUGAUUUUUGUUUGCACCGACGACUACAGAAGCGACAAGUAGUACAGGAGACAUUCCACACUAGGGUCACACAGCAGUCAUC